AUGAAACUGUCCUUCUCUCUUCCACCUUCCUCAAAAUCAUCAUCAAAACCCACAAUUUCUCCUUCUUCAAAUCAACAAAAAGAAUUCAUCACAGAAUUCGAUCAAUCCAAACCCACUUCCAAUAAUAACAAUAACAACCAACCAAUCAUAAUCCCCCCAAUACCCAACCAGUGGAACCCAGAAACCCAAAUAGUCUCCAACAUCAAAACCGGUCUCAACAUUCGUGACAAGAAACAAACUUGUGGUGGGCCAGGGUCAGAAACAUUGUCGGAAAUCGAUAGAUUAAUGUUAAUGAAACUAAAAGAUGAUUUAAAAACGUUGCCUGAUGAUAAAGGGUUAGGAGAAUUUGAUGAUGUUUCGGUUGGAGAAUUUGGGCGUGCUUAUUUAAAAGGGUAUGGUUGGUAUGAAGGGAGAGGGAUUGGGAAGAAUGUUGUUGAGGAUGUUAAGGUUUUCGAGUUUACGAAAAGGACUGGGAGUGAAGGAUUGGGGUUUGAUACGAGUCGAAAAGUUGGGAAAUUGGAGAAAUGUGGUGGCAAAUGA